UAUGUUCUUUUGUAGCAAUUUUGAUUGUUUUAUCACAAAUUCAAGAAGAUGGAUUGCUGUAGUAGCACUAAUACUGAAUCUUCAUCUACAGUUUCCAAUAACACUUAUUUUCAAGAAAUAUUAUUGGAUAAUGGUUCAGAAACUAAAACUUUUAUUCGAACAAAAUUAACAGAGUGGGGGCUUUUCGAUUAUAUUGAGAUAUUUGAACGUGAAAAAAUAGAUAAAUCAGUAUUUCUGUCUAUCCCUGAUGAGGCAGUUGCAAAGUUAAUCCAGCCUAUGGGACAUUAUUACAGAUUUAUUUUUGAAAGACAGAAAUACAUAACAUCAAAUAAAGAAAAAAAACCUUAUUCUAAAGUAUCAGAAACAUCUGGGAAGCACUUGCGAUCACUGCUGAAACAGACAGUAGAAGGAAAAUACUUAUUAAAACAAUCAUCCAUUUUGCGUAGUUCUAAUUAUUUGGCAAAAAUUAUAAUUGAUCAUCUCUUGAAUAAGGAAAACAAAUUAAAGGGCAAAUCAGCUUCAGGAAAGUUAUAUUAUUAUUAUACGAAUAAACUUAGGAAAAUAAAAGCAGCAGUAACAGAAUUUAACCGAGAAGAAACUGAACAUAUAGAAAAGCAAAUUGAGGAGGAAGCCGAUGUGUAUAUUUCUGAAUUGAAUAAUACAUCUUUAGAUGAUAAGAAGAAAAUUUUAUCUCUAUGGGAAAAAACUUUUGUCUAUCGCACAAAAGCUAACGGAAAAAAUAUUGCAGAGUAUUUUGACGGAUAUCCACAGUUGCGCCCACCGUUAGGAAUACAACUUAUUGAAUUAGAUUUUAAAUUAUUAAAUAUAGCGCAAAUCGAUAUUUUAGGAAAAAAGUGGCCGGUUUUGCAUCCAAACAUAAUUCGAUUGGCAAAAAAACAACCAACAACAUCAAAUUUAUUAAAAGAUUUCAAGAAAGUACCAGCGGAUGUACAAGCCUGGCUAGUUUUACCAUAUUUAUUCAAACCAGUGCUGAAAAAAACAGGCUUAAAAAAGCCAUGGAAACCAUCAUACAAAGAACAAUCUGAUGGAUUUAUUACUUGGAUAAAUGUGAUAACUGAUAUUGAAAAAGUAAUUUCUACACAUCGAACAUUGAUGAGCGAUUAUAAAUUAACGUUGCAACCUUUCGUGAUUGUGGUAUUAUCUAAAGAAAAAGUUGCAGCUGCUUAUGUUAUAAUUAAUGAUGAAAAAUACCAGUUUCAAGAUGUUACUAAUGCUAUAGCUUUCUGUUGGAAAUCUUUUUUUGUUUUGAAUGCUGCAUAUCCCGUCUCAUGUGAAGCAAUUUGGAUAUAUAUUGAAGAAGAAAUUUAUGAAUGCAAAAAAACUAAAUCAAGUUAUCAAAGCGUUAAAUGGUUUCGUUAAAAUAAAAAGA